AUGGAAUCUAAAGGAAGCACCCGAAGUGGAAGCAAACCUGAUGCCAAGGCCGCCAGCUCUGGAAAGCCAGAGAAGCCCAUCCCCGGGCCUGCUAUGAAUGCAGACAAGAAAGAAACCCCCUCCAAGGAGCAGCCCACCCCUAUGGCCACAACGAAGAAGGCAGCCAGCGAGGCCACUGCGCUGAAUAACCACAGCAAUCUGAAACCCAACCCUGCAGCCCCGGAGGUGCAAGAGGCCACCGGCCAGUCCCCUGACUCUGAGCACAAGGGAAACGGCACGGAGGAAUCCUCAGGCAGUGUCUUUGACAACAUGAAGCCAUUGGCCAUUGUUGGAGGCGUGGUGGUGGCUGCUGUUGCUAUAAUUCUGGGAGUGGCGUUCCUAGCCCGGAAAAAAUGA